CGUAGUGCUGCCGGGGAACGCUGAGGCGCGCGUCGCUCUUCUGCCUUCCGGACCGGCCAGUGCGGGCAAGGAAGGCAUCAUGUCAGACAACGAGGACAAGUGAUUCUAACCACCAGUGUCUUCUGGCUUAGUUUCGACGGCGAUGACUUUGAUGAUGUGGAAGAGGACGAAGGACUAGAUGACUUGGAAAAUGCAGAGGAGGUUAGUAGCCAUCCUCAGCUUCCUGCACUGCAACCUGGAAGCUAGACAGUGAGAUGGUGAUGUUUGCCAAAGGUUUCAUCAUUCCCUUUCCAGGGAUGUGUCUCCUGCAGGAGGGUCAGGAGAAUGUUGAGAUUCUACCCUCUGGUGAACGACCACAGGCCAACCAGAAGCGCAUCACCACUCCUUACAUGACCAAGUAUGAGCGAGCCCGUGUACUGGGCACCCGGGCACUCCAGAUCGCGAUGUGUGCCCCUGUGAUGGUGGAGCUGGAGGGGGAGACAGACCCUUUGCUCAUUGCCAUGAAGGAACUCAAGGCCCGGAAGAUCCCAAUCAUCAUUCGCCGUUACCUGCCAGAUGGAAGCUAUGAAGAUUGGGGCGUGGAUGAGCUCAUCAUCACUGACUGAGCAGAGCUGCCAAUUGUGCCUGGGCAACCCUUCUGUACCCACUUUAUACAUGUAAAUAAUAAAUGUCACCUUCCCACCCAA